AUGUCAUCAUCACUCAUACCGAUUCCCCAUGCGGAUAGUAUUCCAUCGUCGUCAUCAUCUUUCUCAUCAAAUUCAUUAAUAAUCGAUGGAGACAAACUCCUCCAAACAUUAUCUGAUCAUUUCUUACUACUCAAUAAUCAAACCAACAAUCACACGAAUGGUACUCUCCCUUCCAUUCAACACUCCAUGGAUGCCUUCUUCUUUGUGAGUUUAGCCUUUACUCUUGUGAUCGGAACCAUUCUCUCCAUUCUCAUUUUACGAUAUUACACCAAAUCCAAUCCAUUUCCAUGGUUUCUGUACAUUCCUCUAUUAAUUACGUAUUUAUUGUUAUUUACUGCAGUUUCGCUGGUUUGUAUUGAUUUGGCAAGUGCCAUUUCCAGUGACAAAUUGAACAAGAAACAAUUGGCUGAUCCUGCCUUGGUCGUCUUGUGGCGCUUUAUUUAUUGGUCCUUACAAAUUCUCUCAUGGAUUUUACUUCCUGUCUUUCAAAGUUAUUUAUAUACUGGAGAAUUUCUUGCCAUCUUUCGAUGGUUACGUGCCAUUCUCGAUAACAUUAUCACCUAUGCAGUCAUGUUAUUGGUGGGUGGUAUUGCAUUGGGUGGAUUUUGUUUAUAUAUUGCCAUUUCUAAUUUACAAGAUCCAGAUCAUUCACAAACCAUUUCAUUGGAUUUAAUUGCAGGUUUAGGUUUAAGUUUAUCAAAUAUUUAUGGUUUGGUUUUAUUGGUUGGAUUUAUUGGUUAUGGUCUUGUUGGUCUUCCUCGUUCUAUUUUAGAUAUGAGUAAUGAUGAGAGACAAUUAAGACUCUAUGAAUUUAAAACACCAACCAUUGUUGAAGAAUUAGAAGAUUUAGAAGAUGAAUUAUUAGAAUAUUUAAGUAUUUGUAAAGUAUUGGAUCGAAGAGUAACACAAGAUCACAAACAACGUAAAAAUAUUGAUAGAAUUAUGAAAACAGUUCAAGAAGCAACAGAUCAUCAUCCUCAAUUGUUGAAAAAGAGUGGAUCUUUUAUUCAUUUGGAGCAUUCAGAGAAUUUAAUUCCUUCCAAAAUUGAAGAAUUGACUCGUUCUCAAUGUGUGAAAAUUCAUCGAUUGUUACAAAAAGCCAUUCGUGAAUUCAGCUCUAAACAAUAUCAAUGGAAACAUCUUCAAAGAAAAGCAUUCAUUCUUCAAGAUAUCAUUGAAUCCAAAUCCAAUCACAAGGAAAAGAGAAUUGUCUCUGUGUUUCGUAGUCCUCGUCCAAAAUUUCUUCAAACCAUUUUAGAAAAACCUGAAUGGAUAUAUCGAACCUAUUUGAGAUCCUUUGUUUUGAAAUUGAUUGUGACAUUAUUUAUUCCUUUUGGAUUAAUUUUAAUGUGGUGUGAAUUUACUCCACUCUUUAAGAAUAUUCAUGCUACCAAACAUUUGAAAUUAUCCAUUUUAGAACUCAUCAUCAUGUCGAUGAAAGAUCGUUUUGCUAUUCAAUUUGUUUCUUUGGGAAUUUUAUCAUUGAUUUUAGCUGUACUUCUCUUUGCCAUGUAUCGAGUGAGAAUUUUAUACAUUUUCCAAAUGGUACCUCAUCAUACAGAUGCCUAUACUUUAUUCUAUACAUGCAUUUUCUUAUGUCGAGCCAUUCCUAGUAUGUGCUUUAACUUUUUACAGAUGGUUGGUGUCGAUCCUGAUGAUGGUGUGGCCUAUUAUACCAUUUAUGGAGCACUUCGAUUGGAUGGUCUUCGAAUCUUCGGUGUCUUGGGAGGUUUCAUUGUCGAUUAUUUUCCAAUUCUUAUUAUUGUUGUUGCAUUUAUUACUUUAUUUAAAUUAAUUGAGAGAUGUGGAACUCUAUGUAAUAUUCAAAGAUUUAAUUAUUCAACAUCUACAAUGAAUGAUGAAACAGUGUUAGAAGGUCGUGAAAUUCUCCAAAGAGCAAGAAAAAGAAAGAUGAGACAAUUGCAACAUGUGGCAGUUGAGAAAAUUUCAUCUUCUUUUGAUAAACUUGAAGAAAUUUAUUUAUCACCACCACCACCAACCACAAUCACAACAACAAUGGAAUCAAUCUCUUCUCGAGAUGUUGAUUCGAAACAACAACCCUCCAUGCUGCAUGAGGAGAAUGAAGAAGCAUCAAUGAUGGAUGAUCCUCUUCCUCAUGAGGAAGCAGAGAAUUUUGAAAUGCGUCAAGAUUUGUUGGAGGAAAGUGUACACAAAAGACUUGAUCAAAUCUAUGAAAAGUAUGGAAGAGAAAGACAUUAUGGUGGCAACACGACUACUACUACUACUACCUCUAACACUCUGAUCGAUUCUGUGAAAACCAAAUUGAAGAAUUUCAAGAAAAAGAAUUUUGACUCGGUUCUCUGA